AUGUCUAUCUAUCUAUCUAUGCAUAUCUAUAUAUAUAUCUAUCUAUCUAUCUAUCUAUCCUAUUUAUCUAUCCUCUUUAUUCGUUCAUUAUCCUUUCUAUUUCAUUAUCUAUCUAUCUAUCUAUCUCAUUCCAUUUAUACCUAUAUCUCUGUCUAUUUCAUCUAUCUAUUUCUAUGCAUCCAUCCAUCCAUCUAUCUCAUUUUUAUUAUUUUUAUUUCUAUCUAUCUAUCUAUCUAUCUAUCUAUCUAUCUAUCUAUCUAUCUCAUUCCAUUUCAUACCUGUCUAUUUAAAUUAUCUAUCUAUCUAAAAUCCAUCUAUCCAUCUAUCCUCAUUCCAUUUAUACCUGUCUAUUUCAUUAUCUAUCUAUCUAUCUAUCUAUCUAUCUAUCUAUCUCAUUCCAUUUAUACCUGUUCGUUUCAUUAUCUAUCUAUCUAUCUAUCUAUCUAUCUAUCAUUUCCUUUAUACCUCCUAUUUCAUUUUCAUCUAAAAUCUAAAAUCUAUCUAUCUAUCUCAUUCCAUUUAUACCACCCUAUUUCAAAUAUCCUAUCUAUCUAUCUAUCUAUCUAUUUAUCAUCUUUAUACCUCUCUAUUUCAUUAUCUAUCCAUCAUCUAUCUAUCCCAUCGUAUCUAUUCCAUUCAUUUAUACCUGUCUAUUUCAUCUAUCUAUCUAUCUAUCUAUCUCAUUCCCUUUAUACCUGUAUAUUUCAUUAUCUAUCUAUCUAUCUAUCUAUCUAUCUAUCUAUCCCUUUAUACCUGCCUAUUUCAUUAUCUAUCAAAUCUAUCUAUCUAUCUAUCUAUAUAUCUAUCUAUUAUCACCGGUCUAUAUCUCAUUCCAUUUAUACCUGCCUAUUUCAUUAUCUAUCUAUCUAUCUAUCUAUCUAUCUAUCUAUCUAUCUAUCUAUCUAUUAA